AACUGGUUGGUCUCAAUCCACAGCUGCAAAGAGGUGGUGUUGGCUGAAUUUGUAACGGUGGGAUUCUUCUGAAAUUGGGUUUAAUUGAAGAUUUUGAGGAGUUCGAUUUGCUGAAGUAAGUGGACUGGUUUGAAGCUGAGAACCAGCGAGAAAGGAGGAGAUUCAAGAGUUGUUAUUGCUGGUAUGAAAAGGGAAACGAAGAGGGCAGUGAAUGUACAAUGGAUUCAGGGGUUUCUGAGAUUGGGACUAAUUCGAGGGAUUCUAGAUAGAAUGCAAAGGUAAGAUGGUGAAUUAAUCAAAUGGGUUUGUCUGCAUAUGUUAUUGUUUUGAUUGGUGAUGGAUUUCAUCUACCACCAAGAACAGAUUUGGGGGUUUUAUGUGGAUUGAAAUACGAUCAAUGUGCAAGUUGUUGAUGCUGGUUUGUGGUUAAUUCUCAGUUAGUUGUUGUUUGGAAUUGAGAUUAAUUGUUGGCUGUGUAAUGGAGCUAAGAGGCUGAGAAGGGUUUUUACCCAGGCAAUUUUGGUUGUGAUUGAUUGAUGGCUGUAGCAGUGGAGUGGUUACCUUAGUCUCGGUUGAAGGUUAGUCAGUAGCAAGUUCAGUGAUUCAAACUUGUAAUGGAGGUUUGGGUAUCAAACGCGAUAGAGUUGAGGUUAUUGAUGUGGCUGGUAGUCGUGAAUGAUGUGCGGGGUCUCGGUUGGUGGGUUGCUGCUCGGAGUUUUGGUAUACAAGAUGCCUGCGAAGUGGAGAAAGAGCUGUAGUCGAGACGGAAAAUGCUGGUAGUAGGCAGUCGGAGAAAGCUGCUGUCGUCAAACCGAGAUGGGGAGAGUAUCUGCAUGAGAUGCAACUGAUGGGUGUGGUAGUUCCAACAACAGAUUUAGGUGACGUUGGCUAGUCGAGAAACAACAGCAAUGGAUUCAAGGUUCCGAUUGUUCUUAAUGGCUGAAAUAACAGGCAAAGGUGGUUAUCGAUGGAUGGAAGUUUGUGGCUCGAUGGUGUACUCGAUAUUGAUUGUAUAUGGGGUUUUAUCUUGCAGUCCAGAUUGGGUUUAAUCGUAUAUUCAGUGGGGGUCUGUUAGCUUGAGAUUUGGGGUGCUUGUGAUGCUUUUGGUCCGAUAAUAAUCUGGUGUUUUGUGGUUAAAUGAUUUGAGUCAAUGGGUUCUGUUUAAUAAUGUUUGAGUCGAAGCAGUAGAUUGCAGUGGUGAACGAAUGGGUGUUCGUCGAGAUGGCGCUACUGAUAUUUUUACUGGCAAGGAACGUGUUGCCAAUGGAGCUCAGUUGGCUGAGAUGGACAUGUAGUUGGCUGAGAUGGCAGCGAGGCAAGGAGCUGGUCGACUGGUGGAUGUAUGGAACCUUAAGAAUCGGCAGCAGCAAGGAUAGGUGAUGAUUUUAUGGGUUUCGAGAUGGAUAUGUUGGCUGGUAAGUUUAGUACGAAGAGAGGGCUCGGACAAGAGAUGUAAUUUUAUCAUGGGAGAAAAGGGUAUAAAUGGCUCAGGGAUAAAAGUGUAUCUUGGAUUUCCAGUAAAACACCCUCCGGUUGGAAAUGAGAGACUCUCAGGCUUGAAUCAAAAUGUAACCACGGAAAGUUGAAGAAUCUGGUGAGCCCUUAUCCUGUGAAAUGAGACAAGUAGCUGUAGUGGAGGAGGAUGUGGUGAGCCCUUAUCAGAUUGGGGGACAUGGUAAAUAUGAGGAGCCAGAGAUAGUGAUUUAAAACAAACAGGGAGUGAAGAUGUUGUGAUUAGUUUGCACAAGUAGAAAACCUAUUGCACAGGUUUUGUGAAUUUUCACAAGAGUUUCUGAAUUGGAAAUCGAUUUGAAGAACCAUUCCAUGAUCAGACUAAUUCCUAAACCUGAAGAAAAUAUACAAGACUUCAUCUGUGUUAAAGAAAGCAAAAAAAAACCUGAUUUCUGUAAUUUUGUAUGUUUAAAUGUCAAUUUCAGGGCUUAAUCUGAUCAAGAAGAAGAAGAAGAAGGUUUGGUGGUUCUCACUACUAGCUUCCGGCAUUCAUCGUUUUGGAGAUGGCUGCUGAUUCACCAACCUUAUUUUCCUCUUCUCCCAAUAGUACUCUAGAUCAUGCAGGACAUCAUGGGUUAUCGGCACCUGCGAUAGCUGGGAUAGUGGUAGCAGUUGUACUUGUAAUUUGUGUUGUUGUUGCUGUGUUCUGCUACUUCCAGAGAAGGAAGAAGAAGCGGUUGGAGAUGCUAGUACGUACAGGCAAAGGAAUGCAAACUUUGGAAGCUUCGCGCCAGCUGGCUAAUCGGAUGCAGCCUACAGAAGCUGGUAAUGCUGUGCGCCAGCCCACUAUUCAGCUGCACAACAUCGAAGCUGGUAAUUGCUCUUCAAGGGUGGAAGGCGAGUUCUCCUUUGGUUUCCUACAAGAGGUAACGCAAAACUUCAGUGAACAAAAUUUGUUAGGCGAGGGGGCAUUUGGGAAGGUCUAUAGAGGGAAGUUUCCGGACGGGACCGAGGUUGCUGUUGAGAGGCUGAAUCUCAUAUUAGACGUAGCUGGGUUGAUGGUGUUCCAGGCUGAGCUCUCCAUUUUGAAGAUGACACACAGACACCUCGUAUCUGUGAUUGGGUUCUGUAACCAAGGCGUUGAGCAUCUGAUUGUUUACGAAUUCAUGGAGAGCGGAACACUACACCAAAAGCUCUUUGAGUGGAUUGACACUGGUGGCAACCCCAUGAGCUGGGAUGAGAGGAUUGUAGUGGCGCUAGAUGUGGCUAAGGGCUUGCACUACCUCCACAGUCUGUCCAGGGAGGCCUUUGUACACAGGGAUGUAAAAUGUAAAAAUAUCCUACUCGACAGGGAUAUGAAGGCCAAAAUCUCGGAUUAUGGCCUGGUGAAGGCAAUGACAGAUGAUGAGAAGUCGGUGGUGACCAAGUUAGCUGGAACUCGUGGAUACCUUGCGCCUGAGUACGCAAUGACUGGUCAUUUGUCGAUCAAAGCUGAUGUGUAUGCUUUUGGCAUAGUUCUCUUAGAACUUAUUACAGGUCAGACGACAGUGGACGAUGGUCAGGCAGGGAAGAAUUUGGCAAUGCGCUUUCGUCCCGUCUAGUCGACCGGUCACUCGACCCGGAUGCGCAGGGCCUUAAUGGAGGCUGUGAGGCUUGCAAUGGAGUGCACGCGCACUGAUCCAAGGGAUCGGCCUGGUUUUGCAGAGAUUACUGCCAGGCUGGGGCUUGUAGCUGAGAGAUGGCCCCAGCGUGCAGAGGAAGAGGAGGAAGAAGAAGAAGAAGCUGCUUUUGACAGGGAACGUUUUCUUCGGGAUUUGGGUAAUGAUGGAGAAGGCACCACGGCUUAUUACAGCGUCUGGGACUUGGAGCAGGGUCAGUCAGAAGAAACAGAGAUCAAUCAGCAAUUUACGUGGAGAGCUUAGUUUGACUCAACUUGGGGAGUUAUGUGCGUACAUAGACUUGGCAUUCAAAUAAGAAGAGUAGAAAACAUACAAUAGGGAAUGGUUUUGAUGAAAAUGAAGUGGUUGAAGGUAAUGGAGUCUAAAUUUUUUAUAUGUAUAUCAUUUGAUGAGAGGUUGGCAUCUAAAUCCCUAGGAUUCAGCUGCAUUUGUGGACAAAGUGAAUCACUGCAUAUAGAUGCAUUUGGGUUUUUCUUCUUACCUAUUUUUUGUUGUGAUCCCCUUAGGAAUGAACCAGGUGCAUGUAAUUAGUUCAUUUCAUUAUUUUAGAGGUUUUAUUGACAUACCUAAUUUCUGGUGGGGUUUUCUAAUCCGUAGUGAUUUGAUUUUAGAUGAAAAUCAUUGAUUUUGUUUUGUA